AUGAAGAGCACUGAAGAACACAUGGAAAAUAGGCACAAUGUGACUGAGUUUGUCCUCCUGGGACUCACACAGAGCCCUGAGGGGCAAAAAGUUCUAUUUGUUGCAUUCUUACUUAUCUACAUUGUGACCCUAGUGGCCAACCUCCUCAUCAUUGUGACCAUUAUGGCCAGCCAGUCACUGGGUGCCCCCAUGUACUUUUUUCUGGCUUAUUUAUCAUUUAUUGAUGCUGUCUAUUCUACUGUCAUUGCUCCCAAAAUGAUUGUAGACUUGCUUUAUGAGAAGAAGACUAUUUCCUUCCGGGCUUGUAUGACUCAAGUCUUUAUAGAACACUUAUUUGCUGGUGCUGAAGUCAUUCUUCUGGUGGUGAUGGCCUAUGACCGAUAUGUAGCUAUCUGUAAACCUCUUCAUUAUUUGAUCAUCAUGAAUCAGCGUGUUUGCAUUGUCAUGCUGCUGGUGGCCUGGACUGGAGGCUUUCUGCACUCAUUGGUUCAAUUUCUCUUUAUUUAUCAGUUCCCUUUCUGUGGCCCCAAUGUCAUUGACAACUUCGUGUGUGAUGUGUAUCCCUUAUUGAAACUUGCUUGCACCAAUACCUACCUCACUGGACUUUCUAUGAUAGCUAAUGGAGGGGCAAUUUGCACUAUCAUCUUCUUCAUUUUCCUAGUUUCCUAUGGGGUCAUAUUAUACUCUCUUAAGACUCAUGGUUUGGAAGAGAAAUGCAAAGCCUUCUACACCUGUUCAUCCUAUAUGACUGUGGUCAUUUUAUUCUUUGUUCCCUGUAUCUUUCUGUAUGCAAGGCCAAAUUCCACUUUUCUCAUUGAUAAAUCCAUGACUGUGGUUUUCAGUGUCAUAACUCCCAUGUUGAACCCCUUAAUCUACACCCUGAGAAAUGCAGAAAUGCAAAAUGCCAUCAGAAAACUUUGGAGCAAAAAUGUGACUUUAGUUGAGAGAGGGCUGUUUCCCUCACGCAGAACGUAA